UAUAACAUUAUUCCAACCCUUCCCUUCUUUCCUCACACACUACCCUCUUCUUCUUCCUCAAAUCUGAUCUGAUCAGGUUUUCAUUUUCAUCUUCUUCUCCUUCUUUUUCUCUUUUUCUUCAACCAUGUUAACCAGUGAAAAGAGUCCAAUCUAGAUCAGAAUUCAUAAACCAACCAUGAGCUCAUUUCAGGAUUUUGAAUCCUCUCCAAGCAAAGACAUGAUUAACACGGGCCUCAACAACACUAUCACAAACCUAACCCCUUCCUUGAACUUCUCCUCAGCAUCAUCUUCUUCCACAAUAUCAGCAACAACAACAUCUUCAUCACCACCUUCCACCCCAAGCCGCUAUGAGAACCAAAAGCGAAGAGACUGGAACACUUUCGGGCAGUAUCUCAGAAACCACAGGCCCCCACUUUCCCUCUCUCGCUGCAGUGGUGCUCAUGUUCUUGAGUUCCUCAGAUACCUCGACCAGUUCGGUAAAACCAAGGUUCACACACAUCUUUGUCCCUUCUUUGGGCAUCCAAACCCUCCUGCACCGUGUCCCUGCCCUCUGCGCCAAGCAUGGGGAAGCCUUGAUGCCCUCAUAGGGCGUCUCAGAGCAGCGUUUGAAGAGAACGGUGGAAAGCCUGAAGCCAACCCUUUUGGUGCUCGUGCUGUGAGACUCUACCUUCGUGAAGUUCGUGACUCUCAGGCCAAAGCUAGAGGCAUCAGCUACGAGAAAAAAAAGCGCAAGCGUCCCCCUCAGCCACCUUCUUCAAAUGCUACCACUCAGUAGUAUAUAUAAUAUAUGCAUAUAUAUAUAGUUCUUGAAGGUUUUAAAUUGCGGUUGGGGCUUCCCUUGAUGUUAUGGUUGACAAAAGGAAAUUUCAGGCAAGUAUAAUUUACGUGGCUGGGGAAGUGUUCAGAGGUUUGAUAAUAUUGCAAUAAUAAGGGUUGCACUUGUGAUGGUUAAUUUGAAACCUGCAAUGUAAGACUUGCCCUGAGGAAAAAGAAGAACUGUGCUAUGGAAACUGCAGUGUUACUGGUAGAAGGGCUAGCUCGAAGGGUGUGAAGAAGUGAGAGGGGUUAUUGUGUGACCUAUUCACUGUCAAAUUUGUAAUAAAUAUGUUUAUGUACUUGAAGGUGGGUCAUUUAUGACGAGUAAUGGAUUUGCAGAUCAUGUUCCA